UUCAGUCCACAUUGACCAUGAAAACGGUACUGAUUGCUAUUUUCUGCGUUGCGCUGUCUAGCGCAGAAAAAAGGAAAAAGCCAUUAUGCGAGAUGUGCGAAGAGGUGGUUAAAACAAUGGACAAAUUGUUGAAAAAAGGCGAGGAUCUGGAGAAGGCCAUGAAAAAAUAUUGCGACACCGAUUGUCCUGAUUAUUUGAAACAAUACUGCCUGAAGAUCGAUAAAAAGCUCAAAUACCUAAUUCAAAAACUGGAGGAUCAUGGUACACCGGAGGAAAUCUGUACAAGCAUGCAUUUAUGCGCGGUAUGAAAGUAAUAGAUGUUGAGCAAUUGUUUCAGCGGUGUUUGAUGUUUCAGCGUUGGAGAUUUUGUGCUCAGUUUACAUUUGUUUUGUACAAUUCAAGAAUUUUUUUCCGAUAAAUCUAU